AUGCCUCGAUUAGAGAAUUUUCGAUUACAACUUUUUCCGGGAAUUGAUAAUUGGUUAUCCGAUAUUGAAUGCCUUACAUGUGACAGUAAUAUCAAUCAAGAAACUUUUAUUGAGCUGGCCAGAUUGUGCAAGUCAAUUAAAUCUCUAAAUAUUUUUUUAGGAAAUCUCAAUAAUCCCGGAUUAUUUAGAUUUAUCAAAGUACAAAAACAACUUCAUGAAAUUGGUUUUUCAUUGGAUCCAACAAACAAUGAUAUAGAUUUUUGUUCAUUUCAUCAAACAUUUAGAGAUGCAUUAACGGCAAAUGCAAAUACCAUCCAACAUUUUAAAUUAACUCAUGGAGUUUUAUUUCCUUUCAGUGUCCUUUCUUCUUUGGUCAAUUUAAAAAGUUUAUAUGUUGGCAAUAGAAUCACUUAUGAUUUUUGGAGUGAUCUAGAGAUUUGUUCAUUUCCAAAUCUUGUUAAACUUGUAACUUAUAAAAUCCCACUUGAAAAAACGGCAAGGAUGAUUGAAAAUUCCACAUCAAAGCUAAUAGAGAUUAUAAUUGAAUAUACGAUUUAUCAUCAAGCGUAUUAUGAUAGAUGUAUUCAAGCAAUUUGUCAAACUUGCCCAAGGCUUAAAUAUUUCAAGAUCAUAGUAAAGAUGACUGAUGAUUUUUACAAAUUGAGAGAUAUAUUACAAAAUUGUCAUUAUUUAGAAGGUUUGGUAAUUGAAUUCCCUUAUUCAAUAAGGGGUUGGAAUUAUAACAUUAUUAAAGUUGAUGAAGUUGACAAUACUGAUUCUGAUAUUGAUGAGGAGAGUGAAUAUAGUUUGAUUGAAGAUGAGGAUGAUUGUAAAAUAUUAUGUGAGAUAUUAGCCAAAUAUUCUCCCAUGUGUUUAUAUAAAUUUAAAUUACAGAACAUGAAGACGCUUACAACAGAUAAUCUAAAAAUUUUCUUUGAUAACUGGAAAGAUCGACCUCCCAUGUUACUUCAAACUAUGCCAGGAUGUAGACUCUUUGGUAAGCAUUUCGAUCUUAUUAGAGAAUAUACGGAGAAAGGUGUUAUCAAGAAGUAUGAUAAUAUUUUAAAUAUGGAAGAUAAUUAUGAUUACUUUGAAUGGAAAUAA